AUGCCCCAAACCUCGGCCAAGACAUCCCGCCUACAGAAUGCCAUUCUGGUAGUUCUUAUGUCCGGAAUCACUUUCACUGGAUCCCUCAUCAAUGGCCUCGUCACGGUUGGUUUACCCGCAAUUACAGCAGAUCUGAAGAUCCCUCCAUCAUUGGCCUUCUGGCCCGCUUCCGUCUCCAGCCUUGCUACCGCGUCCACUUUGCUGCUAGCUGGAUCUGUUGCAGAUGUUCUGGGUCCUCGACGAGUUGAUCUCGUUGGAUCUUUCGCGAGUGGUGCUCUGAUGAUUGCCGCUGGUGCUUCCCGUCAAGGCUCCGAGCUGAUUGCCUUGCGAGCACUCCAAGGUGUAGGCCUUUCCUUGCACCUUGCAUCAUCCGUAUCGAUCAUCACGAAAGCCCUUCCUCAAGGUAGAGGCCGCAAUCUGGCUUUCUCAUGCCUUGGUUUGAGCCAGCCACUGGGUCUGUCGGUUGGCCUUGUCUUGGGUGGUGUUUUUGUGGACACAAUUGGUUGGCGGGCAGGUUGGUAUCUAUCAGGCGGCUUGACCCUCCUGCUUGCGAGUAUUGCUAUUUGGGCUUUGCCUAGGAGCAAUGAUCUAAGAAGCAUGAAGAAUAUCUGGCACGACAUGAAGAUAAAAGUGGAUUGGGUCGGUGCCAUGCUAGCAUCCGCUUUCAUGACGCUGUUGUGCUACCUUCUGGCUAUCUUGAGUGCGGAUGUGACUCGGAUUAAGGAACCCUUGAGUAGUGCAUUUCUCUGCCUAAGUGUAGUUGCAUUGAUGACAUUCAUUUACUGGAUGCACAUCCAGGUCAAGGCAAACAGGCCAGCACUUAUCCCCAACUCUCUCUGGAGAAAUACAACAUUCUCGGGGGUUUGUAUGACUAUUGCCCUCUCUAACGCCGUCAUUAACUCGAUGGAACUAUUUUGUAGUCUAUUUUUCCAAGAUAUACAGCUACUUCCUGCCCUCCAAGCUUCCAUCCGCAUAUUACCCUCGACGACGGUCGGAAUAAUUAUGAACUUUACGGUCGGUCUCUUUGUACACAAAGUCCCUGUGGUCUGGAUCGUCAUGUCUACUUCAAUCCUCUGCGCUGGCGCGUCGCUAUUAAUGGCCGUCAUCCAACCGUCGUGGCCAUACUGGGGCAAUGCAUUCGUUGCUCAGCUGUUGAUGCCUCUAAGCUGUGACGCCUUGUUUACGGUGGGGCUUAUUAUCAUCUCGGAUGUUUUCCCUGAUGAUACGCAAGCACUUGCUGGAGCUGUAUUCAACACAGCCGCUCAAUUUGGAGGUGCCCUUGGCCUUGCAAUUUUGCAAGUCAUAUCCACAACAGUUACAGAAAAGCAGACUGGAAUGGAGAUGAUCUCGGCACUUAUGGAAGGAUAUCGAGCCAGUUUUUGGACGAUGUUCGCAUUUAUGAUCUUGUGUGCAGCUAUCGGUACAUUGGGGCUGAAAAACACUGGAAAGAUUGGGCUCAAGAAAGACUAA